CGGCUCCAGUGACCCCUGUUCUUGUGGGGACGCCUGGCGAACGUGUUUUCCGGGUCCCCAGAACGACAGGGAUAGGCACGCGGAGUUCCAGCCGCCAGCAAACCCGCGCAGCCUGUGCCCAGCCGGCGCUCUUCCUCGGCGCCCUGCCCACCAGGCUUCCCGGGCAGGCUCAAGCACCUUCUUCACCCUCCCGCCGUUGCCGGUGCUGGACUUCGGUGCAUGGCAGGACCGAGGCCAGUGGUGCUGAGUGGGCCGUCGGGGGCAGGGAAGAGCACCCUGCUCAAGAAGUUGCUCCAGGAACACGACAGCAUCUUUGGCUUCAGUGUGUCCCAUACUACAAGGACCCCACGACCUGGCGAGGAAAAUGGCAAAGAUUACUACUUUGUGACCAGGGAGAUGAUGCAGCGUGAUAUUGCAGCAGGGGACUUCAUCGAGCAUGCUGAGUUCUCGGGGAACCUGUACGGGACAAGCAAGGCGGCUGUUCGGGCUGUGCAGGCCAUGAACCGCAUCUGCGUGCUAGACGUCGACCUACAGGGCGUCCGCAGCAUCAAGAAGACUGAUCUGCAUCCCAUCUACAUCUCUGUGCAGCCCCCCUCGAUGGAUGUGCUGGAGCAGCGACUGCGGCUGCGCAACACUGAGACCGAGGAGAGUUUGGCCAAGCGGCUGGCAGCUGCCCGGGCUGACAUGGAGAGCAGCAAGGAGCCUGGCUUGUUUGACCUGGUGAUCAUCAAUGACAACUUGGAUGCAGCCUAUGCAACAUUGAAGCAGGCGCUCUCCGAGGAAAUCAAGAAAGCUCAAGGAACUGGCCAUGCCUGAGGGCCUGCUUCAUUCCAGAGUGCUGCCUGUGCCCCACAUAUGCUUGGGUUAUGAGGUGGGGUGGUCUUUGCCAGGGCACCAAGGACUUGUAAUAGGCUUCCGCUGUGGAGUAGGAGGAGCUGCCCCUUGUCUGGCCACAUGGUGGCUCUUCACCCUGUACUGACUUGCCGAGGCUAAAGGACUACGCUAUGUACCCACACCUGUCCUCCCUGGGCUGUCCCUGUCCAUACCCCUGUCCCUCCUGCUGGAGCAGGACUGACAUUCUAAUAAAGUAACUAUUGGGUUA